AAGUCUUCAUUUUGCUUCGCAUUCUCUGCAUUCGGCUGCCUCAUCUCAUCUCAUCUCAUUCAAUCUUCAAGUUUGAACAACAAGAGGAAAGAUGUCAGGUGAUGAAGCACCCGCACCAGUUGUAGCUGAAGCACCAGCUCCAGCCCUUGGAGAGCCUAUGGAUAUCAUGACAGCCGUGCAGCUUGUGCUGAGAAAAUCACUGGCUCAUGGUGGGCUUGUUAGAGGUCUGCAUGAGGCUGCAAAGGUUGUUGAGAAGCAUGCUGCCCAGCUCUGUGUGCUGGCUGAGGACUGUGACCAACAAGACUAUGUUAAACUAGUCAAAGGUCUUUGUGCUGAGCACAAUGUAAACAUGUUGACUGUUCCCAAUGCCAAGACCCUAGGAGAGUGGGCUGGUUUGUGCAAGAUCGACUCUGAGGGCAAGGCUAGGAAGGUUGUUGGUUGCUCAUGUGUUGUUGUGAAGGUAUACUAAAAGUUCUUGCACAAUAAGGAUUUUGGAGAGGAUCAUGAAGCUCUCCAUGUUGUUCAGCAGCAUGUUAAGGCCUAAUAAGUUUGCCAAAUCAGUUUAAAUUUUGUGGGAGAUGUUGAGCUUUGUUUGUCUGAUGGAUUCUCACCUUAUUUGAUUGUUUGCCAGUUACUUUACCAUGGUUUUCAAUUAUGUUCCUGAACGUUGUUUUAGUAUAUGCUACUUUUUCUAUGUUUUGAAGGAGCUUCAUCCAUUAUAAGCAUCCAUCAUGAAUCAUUCCAUCCCAUUUCCACUUUAUCAUGUUAUAGCAUUCCAUAUAAACUUGAGGUUGAAUUGUGAGCCAUUGUCGUGCUGGUUGGUGCAAUGGUUAUAUGCUUGCAAGGUUUCCUGUGCAAUU